AUGUCGUGGUUCCGCUCCGCGCUCAGCAUAGGCGCGGAGGCCGCCAAUGCGAGCGGCAAGGCGGUGGGGUCGGGGUUCGAGCGCGCGAGCUCGUUCGCGUCGUCGGUGGUGCAGCGCGCCAAUGACGCCGUGCUGCUGGCGGGCGACGCCGUGGAGCAGGGUGCCAAGAUGGUCUACGAGCACGCCGAACACGCCGUGGGCGGCACGUCGGCGCGGCAGCACAACAGCUUCCGCCACGCCGUGCGGCGCAUCGAGGAGGUGGCGAUGCUGGCGCGCGGGGCGGAGCGCAAAGAGGCGCUGGCGCGCUGGCUGGGCGCGCUGGCAGACAUCAGCGCGGAGCGGGAGCAAGCGGAGCGCGGAGAGAAGGAGCUGGCGGCGCUGCAGCAGCUGGGCAUGGGGCUCGCGCUGGGGGGAAGCGCGGCGGGGGGAGGGGGGAACGAUGGUGGUGGGGGUGGCGGGAAGAAUGACUCAGGGGAGGGCGGGACGGAGGAGGCAGCGGGGCAGCGGGCGGUGGGGGCAGAUGGGGACGGAGGGCAGGCAGGGGAGGGCGCGGAGGGUGGUGGUGAGGGUGCGGGCGAGAGCGAGGGCACGAGUGGCAGCGGCGUGAGGGAGGGCGUGGCUCCGCCUUCAGCCUCUCCGCGGCACCUCCCUGCUCCCCCCCUAGCACCCUCGCAUGGCAAGGUGUCACGGGUGCUAUUCCACGACCCCAACGCGCCGCACCAGCCGCUCACCUUCCGCGACGUCUUUCUGCACAGCCAGGCGCUGGAGAACAUGGUGGCGUCGCUGGUGAUGGACCCGGGGGAUGACGAGGAGUUCUGGCUGCUCAGAAACCUCUUCAGGCUGUGUCUGUCGCUGGGCCACGAGGACCAGGACGCGCUGCUCGCCACGCUGCACUCACUCGCCAACUCCGCCCAGUCCUACUCUGAAGUCAAGGUCACCGCCCUCCCCUCCCCUCCCCUCCCCUCCCUUCCCCUCCCUUCCCCUCCCUUCCCCUCCCUUCCCCUCCCCUCCCCUCCCUUCCCCUCCCUUCCCCUCCCCUCCCUUCCCCUCCCUUCCCCUCCCCUCCCUUCCCCUCCCUUCCCCUCCCCUCCCUUCCCUUCCCCUCCCUUCCCCUCCCCUCCCCUCCCUUCCCCUCCCCUCCCUUCCCUCCCUUCCCCUCCCCUCCCCUCCCUUCCCCUCCCUUCCCCUCCCCUCCCCUCCCUUCCCCUCCCCUCCCCUCCCAGCCCUCUCCCUGCUUCUACUGCCUCAACCACCCACCCGCUCACCUUCAAACCAGGCAACGCUGCAAUGGCCUCCUGUCCUUUGCCUCUCCCACCGACCUCGAAAACCUUCCCCUGCGCCAAGCCUCCUCUCCCCCCCCUUGCUGUGCGCGCGCGCAUGCAGCUAUCAGGCGACGAGUUGGAGCGGUUUGUGGCGGAGGCGAUGACGGGGCUCAAGGUGAGCCCCGAGGCGGAGCGCCUGGACCAAGAGGCACGGCGCCUGGAGCACGCCGUGGCGCAGGGGCUGGCUGCUGUGCACGCCUCCUCCGCCCUGCACGCCGCGGAGGAUGAUGGUGACCGGGGCAAGGGCGGUGGUGCGGAGGGGAAAGGAAAGGGUGAGGAGGUGGGGGAGGAAGGGGCAGAGCAGGCAGAGGGCGAGGGAGGGGUGGGGGAGGCGGAGAGGGCAGAGGGGGAGGCGGCGUUGGGGCGGGUGGAGGAGGCGGAGAGGGCAGUGGACGAGGUGCUGGCGGUGCAGCAGCAGGAGGUGCAGGCUGCGCGCAGCCGCGAGGUGCUUCGUGCCGCUCUGCGCCUGGUGGCGCUGGAGAGGCGUAGAGAGGCGCUGCUGCAGCAGGGGGACACGCCGGGCGACCGUGCUCUCAAGGUGGAGCGGGUGACAUCACUGGCAGCGGAGGUGGGCGAGGGGGUGGUGGCGCUGAGGGCACAGAUGGCGGAGUGCAGCCAGCAGAAGGCGGACGCCCUCGCCUACCGCACCGCCAAGGCCCACGAGGCUGCUGACUCCCACUCCGUGGUGGACCGGGAAAUGGCUGCUCUGCAGGCCAGGAAGGCGGAACUUGAGGAGGAGUUGAGCAAGGUGCAGAGUGCGAUAGACAGUUUGAGCAAGAAGCAAGGCAAGGUGCGCGAGGAGAAGGAGCAGUUCAGCAUGGCCAGCACCAGCAUCGUCACCCACCUUGCAGCGCAGGAGGCGCGGCUGAAGGCAUCAAUGGAGGAGCAUGAGGGAGACGGGAGGGCGCUGGAGGAGUGGAGGAAGUUCCUGCAGCGCACAUGGCAGCUGCAGUCCACCGCCCUGGAGGCACAGGAGAAACGCCUCAAGGAGGAGGCGGCAGCUCGCAUGGACCGACUCUUUGCCGCUGCCACAUCGCAUCUGCACCUCUGUCAGGCCCAGCUGGAGUCGUUCUGGGCCAAGGCCAAGGCAGUGGUGGGCACGCUGGAGGGCAUCCAUGAGAAGAGGGCGGGCAUGGUGGUGGACGGCAUGGACGCGGUGGUGGCAGACAUCUCGCUGCGCCGCCUGCACUGGGAGGAGCGCUUCAUUGCUGCUCACAUCCAGGUGAAGCGGUGCAUGGGGGAGGCGGAGCUGGCCCUCAAGGACGUGCGCGCCUGGAUGGACUCCCUCGCCUCGCCCUCCCCCGAGGACACGGCACGACUGAACGCACUGAGGGUGCGCGGGGUGGAGCUCGACGCCCUGCUCGCUGACAUCCGUGCCGCCCCGCGCCCCGCCCUCUCCAUCUCCCACCCCUCCGUGCUCCGCGUGCCACGCAUCUCCCCUGCCUCGCCGCCCACCGCCACGGCACCUGCGGCGGCCACAGCAGCACCUGCCCCAGGCGCCACCUUCCCCGCCACCGUCGUCAUUGCCCCCGUGGGCAGCGCCUCCUCCACCCUCAACGCACCUCCCCCUGCAUCUGCCCUCGGGGCGGCAGGGCCGCGCCGGCCGUUCAAGCCGUCGCUGCAGAUCGGAGGGGAUGCGGUGGGCGGCAUGGGCGGCGGAGCGCCGGAAUCGCCCGAGGACGGCGCACCGAUGACGCCGUUCGUGAUCUCAGGCGGCAUGCGCCGCCCGCAGGGAGGCGGGUUCCGCGACGAGCAGGGCCGGCUGAGACGCCCCGCGAGGAAACCCGGAGUGGCGUCGAUUGCUGAGGGCGUGGAGGGGCCGGGUGACAAGGGCGGUGGGGAGGGUGGGCGACGGAGUAGUGAGGUUGAGCGUGAUGAGGGAGUGGUCGGUGAUGGGAUCUCAGAGGGAGAAGCGGCUGAAAAGGCUGAUUCCGAGGCAGAAGAGAGGAAGGAAAGUGCGGAGGGCAAGGUGACAUGCGCGGAGCGGGAGCAAGCGGAGCGCGGAGAGAAGGAGCUGGCGGCGCUGCAGCAGCUGGGCAUGGGGCUCGCGCUGGGGGGAAGCGCGGCGGGGGGAGGGGGGAACGAUGGUGGUGGGGGUGGCGGGAAGAAUGACUCAGGGGAGGGCGGGACGGAGGAGGCAGCGGGGCAGCGGGCGGUGGGGGCAGAUGGGGACGGAGGGCAGGCAGGGGAGGGCGCGGAGGGUGGUGGUGAGGGUGCGGGCGAGAGCGAGGGCACGAGUGGCAGCGGCGUGAGGGAGGGCGUGGCUCCGCCUUCAGCCUCUCCGCGGCACCUCCCUGCUCCCCCCCUAGCACCCUCGCAUGGCAAGGUGUCACGGGUGCUAUUCCACGACCCCAACGCGCCGCACCAGCCGCUCACCUUCCGCGACGUCUUUCUGCACAGCCAGGCGCUGGAGAACAUGGUGGCGUCGCUGGUGAUGGACCCGGGGGAUGACGAGGAGUUCUGGCUGCUCAGAAACCUCUUCAGGCUGUGUCUGUCGCUGGGCCACGAGGACCAGGACGCGCUGCUCGCCACGCUGCACUCACUCGCCAACUCCGCCCAGUCCUACUCUGAAGUCAAGGUCACCGCCCUCCCCUCCCCUCCCCUCCCCUCCCUUCCCCUCCCUUCCCCUCCCUUCCCCUCCCUUCCCCUCCCCUCCCCUCCCUUCCCCUCCCUUCCCCUCCCCUCCCUUCCCCUCCCUUCCCCUCCCCUCCAUUCCCCUCCCUUCCCCUCCCCUCCCUUCCCUUCCCCUCCCUUCCCCUCCCCUCCCCUCCCUUCCCCUCCCCUCCCUUCCCCUCCCUUCCCCUCCCCUCCCCUCCCUUCCCCUCCCUUCCCCUCCCCUCCCCUCCCUUCCCCUCCCCUCCCCUCCCAGCCCUCUCCCUGCUUCUACUGCCUCAACCACCCACCCGCUCACCUUCAAACCAGGCAACGCUGCAAUGGCCUCCUGUCCUUUGCCUCUCCCACCGACCUCGAAAACCUUCCCCUGCGCCAAGCCUCCUCUCCCCCCCCUUGCUGUGCGCGCGCGCAUGCAGCAGGCGACGAGUUGGAGCGGUUUGUGGCGGAGGCGAUGACGGGGCUCAAGGUGAGCCCCGAGGCGGAGCGCCUGGACCAAGAGGCACGGCGCCUGGAGCACGCCGUGGCGCAGGGGCUGGCUGCUGUGCACGCCUCCUCCGCCCUGCACGCCGCGGAGGAUGAUGGUGACCGGGGCAAGGGCGGUGGUGUGGAGGGGAAAGGAAAGGGUGAGGAGGUGGGGGAGGAAGGGGCAGAGCAGGCAGAGGGCGAGGGAGGGGUGGGGGAGGCGGAGAGGGCAGAGGGGGAGGCGGCGUUGGGGCGGGUGGAGGAGGCGGAGAGGGCAGUGGACGAGGUGCUGGCGGUGCAGCAGCAGGAGGUGCAGGCUGCGCGCAGCCGCGAGGUGCUUCGUGCCGCUCUGCGCCUGGUGGCGCUGGAGAGGCGUAGAGAGGCGCUGCUGCAGCAGGGAGACACGCCGGGCGACCGUGCUCUCAAGGUGGAGCGGGUGACAUCACUGGCAGCGGAGGUGGGCGAGGGGGUGGUGGCGCUGAGGGCACAGAUGGCGGAGUGCAGCCAGCAGAAGGCGGACGCCCUCGCCUACCGCACCGCCAAGGCCCACGAGGCUGCUGACUCCCACUCCGUGAGGGCCCCCACUCCUUAUGGACGCCCCACUCCUUAUGGACGCCCCACUCCUUAUGGGCCCCCCACUCCAUAUGGGCCCCCCACUCCAUAUGGGCCCCCCACUCCAUAUGGGCCCCCCACUCCAUAUGGGCCCCCCACUCCAUAUGGGCCCCCCACUCCAUAUGGGCCCCCCACUCCAUAUGGGCCCCCCACUCCAUAUGGGCCCCCCACUCCAUAUGGGCCCCCCACUCCAUAUGGGCCCCCCACUCCAUAUGGCCCCCCCACUCCAUAUGGGCCCCCCACUCCAUAUGGCCCCCCCACUCCGUCACCUCCCCACUCCCUGAGCUCCAAGCUUCAUGCUCGGAGCGCAGCCCCAUCAGCCCCAUGCUUUGUGCUCCCCCUGUGUGCCUGUGUGGGCGUGUGGCAGGUGGUGGACCGGGAAAUGGCUGCUCUGCAGGCCAGGAAGGCGGAACUUGAGGAGGAGUUGAGCAAGGUGCAGAGUGCGAUAGACAGUUUGAGCAAGAAGCAAGGCAAGGUGCGCGAGGAGAAGGAGCAGUUCAGCAUGGCCAGCACCAGCAUCGUCACCCACCUUGCAGCGCAGGAGGCGCGGCUGAAGGCAUCAAUGGAGGAGCAUGAGGGAGACGGGAGGGCGCUGGAGGAGUGGAGGAAGUUCCUGCAGCGCACAUGGCAGCUGCAGUCCACCGCCCUGGAGGCACAGGAGAAACGCCUCAAGGAGGAGGCGGCAGCUCGCAGGGACCGACUCUUUGCCGCUGCCACAUCGCAUCUGCACCUCUGUCAGGUGGGCGCCUCUCAGGUCGGCGCCUCUCAGGCCCAGCUGGAGUCGUUCUGGGCCAAGGCCAAGGCAGUGGUGGGCAUGCUGGAGGGCAUCCAUGAGAAGAGGGCGGGCAUGGUGGUGGACAGCAUGGACGCGGUGGUGGCAGACAUCUCGCUGCGCCGCCUGCACUGGGAGGAGCGCUUCAUUGCUGCUCACAUCCAGGUGAAGCGGUGCAUGGGGGAGGCGGAGCUGGCCCUCAAGGACGUGCGCGCCUGGAUGGACUCCCUCGCCUCGCCCUCCCCCGAGGACACGGCACGACUGAACGCACUGAGGGUGCGCGGGGUGGAGCUCGACGCCCUGCUCGCUGACAUCCGUGCCGCCCCGCGCCCCGCCCUCUCCAUCUCCCACCCCUCCGUGCUCCGCGUGCCACGCAUCUCCCCUGCCUCGCCGCCCACCGCCACGGCACCUGCGGCGGCCACAGCAGCACCUGCCCCAGGCGCCACCUUCCCCGCCACCGUCGUCAUUGCCCCCGUGGGCAGCGCCUCCUCCACCCUCAACGCACCUCCCCCUGCAUCUGCCCUCGGGGCGGCAGGGCCGCGCCGGCCGUUCAAGCCGUCGCUGCAGAUCGGAGGGGAUGCGGUGGGCGGCAUGGGCGGCGGAGCGCCGGAAUCGCCCGAGGACGGCGCACCGAUGACGCCGUUCGUGAUCUCAGGCGGCAUGCGCCGCCCGCAGGGAGGCGGGUUCCGCGACGAGCAGGGCCGGCUGAGACGCCCCGCGAGGAAACCCGGAGUGGCGUCGAUUGCUGAGGGCGUGGAGGGGCCGGGUGACAAGGGCGGUGGGGAGGGUGGGCGACGGAGUAGUGAGGUUGAGCGUGAUGAGGGAGUGGUCGGUGAUGGGAUCUCAGAGGGAGAAGCGGCUGAAAAGGCUGAUUCCGAGGCAGAAGAGAGGAAGGAAAGUGCGGAGGGCAAGGUGACAUGGUGA